UUCUGGAUGGAGAGAAGGGCGAAGGCCAUUCAGCGGCUACAAGAAAAGAAUGUGUCCAUUUCAGUUUUACCUUCAGAUUUCCAUAAAGUGAUCAUUGGUGAAGAGGAGCAGAAGCUGUUGGUGGUUAAAGAAGAGGUUCCCCCCUCUAGGUUGGACCAGGAGGACCCAGAGUCCCCACACAUUAAAGAGGAGCAGGAGGACCCAGAGCCCCCACACAUUAAAGAGGAGCAGGAGGAGCUGUGGAGCAGUCAGGAGGGAGAGCAGCUUCAAGGUCUGGAGGAGGCUGAUAUCACCAAGUUCCCAUUCACUCCUGUCCCUGUGAAGAGUGAAGAUGAUGAAGAGAAACCUCAGUCCUCACAGCUUCAUCAAAGACUAACUGAACAGAUGGAAACAGAAGCUGAUGGAGAGGACUGUGGAGGACCAGAACCAGACAGGGACUCACAUCCAGAUACACAUUUACAACCAGACACUGAGGACAAGACUGGAGACUCUUCUGAACCUGAGACUGAGGACAGUGAUGAUUGGAGGGAGACCAGAGAACCUCAGUCAGGUUUAAACUCUCUGAAAAAUGAUCAAGUCAGUGAGAAACCGUUCAGCUGCUCUGAGUGUGGGAAAAGAUUUGGUCGCAAGAAAAAUCUGCAUGAGCACGUAAAAACUCACACGGGAGAGAAACCAUUUAGCUGCUCUGAGUGUGGGAAAAGAUUUUUUCGCAAGACAAGUCUGCAACAACACAUGCGAACUCAUACAGGAGAAAGACCUUUCAGCUGCACUCAGUGUGGGAAAUCAUUUUCAGAUAGUGGACAUUUAAAGAAACACAUGAGAAUUCAUACGGGAGAGAAACCAUAUAGCUGCUCAGUUUGUAAGAAAUCUUUUACUCGGAGAGACAAGUGGAGCUGUGCAGUUACACAUGAGAACCCACACAGGAGAGAAACCAUUCAGCUGCCCUGAGUGUGACAAAAGAUUUAGCCGCAAGGAAAACCUGAAGGCACACAUGUUGACUCAUACAGGAGAAAAACUUUUCAGUUGCUCUGAGUGUGA